AGGCGUCCAUUGAUGGGGUGGGGUGGGGGUGUGUCGUUGCAGGGGUUGCCCCAUGGGGAGUGACACGGAGGGGAACACACAAACGCAUCGCUUCCGGGGAAACCUCCCCCACCUCACCCCGCUUUAGCAAAAGUGGAGAAAUGCAAGCCAUUUGGGGUGGGGGUAGAGUAAGGAUGAGGUGUUGAUUCAGGGGCAUUGUUUUUUCAUAUUGCAGGGUUUUUGUGGGGGGACCCCCCCCAAGCCCCCAAAGGGAUGGGGCUUUUUCUUGAGCAGUGUUAGGUAUGCAUUGAUGGGUUAGUGAAAUAGGGCUAAAGUGUGUGUGUGUGUAUGUGUGUGUGUGUGUGUGUGGUAUUUUAUCUCAGUUGGAGAAGUAGGUCUGUAAGGGGGACCCCAGACCCCACCCCACACGUGGUGGUGGUGUGUAUAAGUAGAGUUCCGUGUUCAGGUGCAUGUGUCAUGUUUUACAUAGGAGAUAAGCAUGGGCUGGGAAAGGGGUCUUCUCCCUCCUUGUCUCCAUGUUCGAAUCGUGGAAUGAUGGAAUACGUACAUGAAUGCGUGUGUCUGUGAAUAUUUUGCUCCCAGUUAGAGGGUGGGUGGGAAGACGCCUCCGGAAAGGAUUCCUGCCCCCUGCUAAAAGCAGAGGUGCGUAAAUGGAUAGUAAAAGUGUGGGGAUUUUGUUCUAAUGGGAAGGAGUGGGGCUCUGUCCCAUGCUCACAACUUAGUUUGAAGUAUGGAGUUCUGAAAAGGACACCCCCCCCCCAACACACACACCCAAACUUGGUUGUAGGAGGUUGCAUAAAAGUAUGUGCGUCUAAUUGCCCCUUAGACAGGAGUUUGACUGAAGGAGGGAUCCCCCGUCCUCACAGAAGUUAGGUUCUGGAUUGGGGGUGAGACUUUUGCAUGAAUUGUGGUGAAAGCUAGGAUGAAAAGAUGUACUGUAUCAGUCCUUCCCACUGCAUCCCAAAGUCAGAGUGAGUGCUUGGAAAUAAAGCCACAAGGAAUCUAGGUAACCUGCUGUUGUACUCUGAAUUUUGAGUCACUUGUAUAGUGUCAGCAGAAGGAGAAGAGCCAGGAGUUGUAAUUGUAACAGUAAUGAUGAUAAGCAUACAAGGAAAAAGGAUGAAAAUGAGUAUCUUUCAGGCAUAUAUUUUCCUUCAGGCAGUUUCCACAUUCUUCCUUAUCUCCACCCUGCUUCCACCCCCCACCCCCAAAGUUGGCUGCUCCCGCUCAUAUAACAUGCUAUCUCCAUAAAUCUAAAGGGGAAUGUGUCUGAAUGCUGUUGGCUUCCAAAAUUUGAAGCCAAUGGCCCUUAAUUGGAACUAAGGGAAAGGACUACCGGUAACUGGGGAAGUUGUUGAUAGUGUGUGUUGUGGUUUUAUGUUAGAAGAGGAGGGUCUGUGGUGAGUGAUGCGGUAGUUGGAAUACAGGGCAUGUUUAGCCAGAAUAUUUGCAUAUAUUUUUUUACACAUGAUGCUGAUGGUGCUUGUAAAGUGCUCUUUCAUUUAAUUUUAGUGCAUUAGUGAAUCAAAUGUUCCUUUUAGCCAAUGAGAGCACUGAAACUGAUACAUUAAUCCCCCCCCUUUUCAAAUGAGAUUUGCAAAUACACUAAACAAAGCAACAGACUAAAAUAGAUAGUAAAAACAGUCAUGAAGGCAAGGAGAAUAAAAAUACAAGCCAAAAAAAACUUUAAAAAGAAUGAAUAGCAGUGUCUAAUAAAACAACUCCACUUCUUAACAGAAGAGAAGUGCAUUCAGUGAUAUGUGUGUGUUGUAAUAGCCUUUUCAUUUCAGCGCUCUCAUCCUCUGAAACAAAGCAGAAGUUGGCCUGCUGUUACCACCUUAUCUGCUCUGUGUACACACCCAAAGUUACAGGUAGCUAAUGUGAGAUAGUCCUUUCAACCUCUCUGUGGUAUUCAGAAUCAAGAUGCAUAAAAAUUCACCCAACCUGUUUAGUGCAUCUAUGAUACUCGUUGAGUUUGUGAAGUUAAGGGGUGGUGAUUAUUACUUAACACAGAAUAUAGGAGUAAGAUCUUGUUUUAUUGAAUCAGUAUUAUACUGCAAAUGCUAGGUCAUACUAUGCACUAGCUUCCUGUGGAGCAUUAGCCUCUUGUGCGGAAACCGUCUGCCCUUCAAUAGCACUUUGUGGUACUGGACAACUAUAGUGGUUGAUGGGGGGAAAUGUGGCAUUCUUGAGAUAUCACCCCAAAAGAUGAUACCUGCAGGAUAAAGGACUAAACAUGCAGAAGACAGAAUCAGGAUUCAAUGUGGCCUUAUCAGAUUUGAUAACUGGGUCAAAACUAAUAAAAUGAAUUUCAGUAGGGACGAAUGUCAGGCUCUUCACUUAGACAGGAAGAACCAGAUGCACAGAUAUAAGAUGGGGUACACUUGCAUUGCCAGUAGUACAUAUGAAAAGGAUCAUGGGGUCUUAGUAAACCACAAGCUUGUGGCAGCAUGGGGGGGAGCCAUUGCUGUUCUAGGCUGCAUCAGCAGAACUAUAGCAUGCAUCCAGGUCAAAGGAAACCAUAGUCCCACACUAUUCUGCCUUGGUUAGACCACAUCCUUAGUACUGUGUCCAGUUCUGGGCACCGCAAUUUAAGAAGGAUAUUGAAAAGCUGGAAUGUGUGCAGAGGAGGGCGACCAAGAUGAUCAAGGGUCUGGAAACCAAGUCUUAUGAGGAAUGGUUGAGGGAGUUGUGUGUGUUUAGCUUGGAAAAGAGGAGAGUGAGAGGAGAUAUGAUAGCAAUCUUCAGUUAUCUCAAGGGCUGUCACAUGGUGACCAGAAAGGAGAUUCCGACUAAACAUCAUGAAGACCUUUUUGACUGUGAAAGCUGUUUGGCAGUGGAACGGGACCCCCUUGGGAGGUUGUAGACUCUCCUUCUUUAAUGGUUUUUAACAGAGGUUGAAUGGCCAUCUGUCCUGCCUACUUUAGUUGAGAUUCCUGCACUGCAAGGGGUUGGACUAGAUAACCCUUGGGAUCCCUUCCAACUGUACCACUCUAUGAUUCUAUACCAUGCAGGUGGUUGGCACCUACAGAGAGAAGUCUUGUUAUACGUCUGGUAGAAGUUGUAGGGCAGCUGCAUACUUUAUUAUUGGGAUUUGUUUGUUAAGACAGGAAACUGAGAUACAUGGUAGUGUUUGUGUAGUGUUCCAUUUUUCUUUUCCCUGUGAAUGUUGAUCUUUUCUUCUCUGCCUAUUCAGUAUAGCUAGCAGAUUGGAAUGCUUUCAAAUGUGGGCUUCUUUCACUCGAAAGUACACAGAGAAAUGUGUGAAAUGCUCAACCCUGACAUUGGAAACAGCAAUGUAGAACAAGGAUGGGGAACCUAUAGCUGUCUAGACAUUGUUGGACUUGUAUCAGCCCCAGACAGUGAGGCCAGUGACUAGGGAUGAUUGUAAUUGUGGUUCAACAACAUCCAGAGGGCUGCAGGUUCCCAAUCCCUGAUCUUGUGGUAUUGCACUUAAUGUAAAUCAGACAAUGGUAACUUUGCAUCGUCCAGGUGUUUCAAACUGCAUCCACCAUAUAGUUGUAAUGGCUGGGAAUGAUGGGAGUUGUAGCCCAAAAUAUCUGGAGGACACUAGUUUGGGGAAGGCUGAGUUAAACCAUGGGCAGUAUCGUGCUUGGUGUUGGAUAACAUUGUUGCCUUGCAUUUGAAAGUGUAUUUUAAGUGUAAGGAAGCAUCCUUGGUCAUUUUACAACAGUUUAUCACAUUGCUGACGUGAUUUGUAUGUUCAGUCAGUUUCUGUUUGUUCCCACAUAUUACUUUCUCUGCAGGGCAUAUGCAAAAUUCAGCUAUAUCUGAUUACGGCAGGGAAGUGAUUGGGGAUGUUAGCACUGAAAUGUUGGCUUAAUGCGGCUUAUUUCUUUUUGUGCACAUUUUAAAACUAUUACCUCAAUGUCAGCGAGACCUCUUGUACUCUUUGUGCAUCUAUAAGAGUUCGAACAUCUUGUUCAGAUGUGAGUGAUUAAAAGUUAAGCCACGCCUUCAAAUUCUUGACAGCAUUGGGGAAAAACUAGCAUCUUAUUUCAAUUUUUAAUGGCUUGAUUUGUGGAGUAUUUUAUGGAGCUACAAAAUCAAGAGUGAAUGGGUCCUUAAUGUAGCAAACUGGAGUGUACACUAGGUUUGUCAUUGGUAUGAGCUUUCGUGUGCAUGCACACUUCUUCAGAUACACUGAAGUGUGCAUGCACGUGAAAACUCAUACCAAUGACAAACUUAGUUGGUCUCUAAGGUGCUGCUGGAAGGGAAAAAAAUUAUUUUGUUUCGACUACGUGAGACCAACACGGCUACCUACCUGUAACUGGAAUGUACACUGUGUGUCAAGGUCAGAAUAUUUGUCCAUCUAGGCUACUUAGUAGGGUCGACUGGCAGCAGCUCUUUAGUCGCAGAUAAAGGAGAGGCUUCCAGGCCACUUGCUCCCUGGUUCUUUUAGCUGUAGAUGCUGGAGGUUGAACAUGACCUUCUCCUUCUUUUUUGUUAAAUGCACAGUAUGGUAAGGCACCACUUCUUAAAUUCUUAUCUGUAUCCAUUCUGCUUUAAUUUCCCAGAAUGUGAGUCUGCAUUCAACUAUGGACUGUUCUGUCCCUCCCCGCCCCCACCCCACCCCCCAAAAUCACACGAUGCAUGAGUUUGAGUAGAAUACCUGUGCUCUAGGAGCAAUACCGGUAAUUGCUGUGACUAUUUUGCAGCAAUAGCGAAACACGCUAUUGCACGGGUAGAGAGGCGCACCAUGUUCUGCAGGUUCAAGGAUGGUAUCCACACUUCCCCAUAAGCUGAAUAGGAGUAGCUGACAUAUUAUCAUUUUAGAAUACUGUAAUGUCAUUUAAAUAGGGUGGACACCCCAUGUUAAAGAUGGUGAGUUGUCUCUAGUUUACUUUGAAUUCAUUGCCUUCAAAUAUGAGAAGGCAAUACUCCUUUAGGGGGUCUUGCAAUGUAGCUUUGACAUACGUGAAUAUUUAAAAAUAAUACAGUAAUAUGAACAUUCGUUUAAAACACCAGCUUGAUUUUCUUAUGCCACAGAGCAGGGCUGAAGAAUUUCUGGGCCUCCAGAUGUUCCUAGACUACAGUUCCCAUCAUCCCUGACCUUGCUGGCUGGGGAUGAUGGGAAUUGGAGCCUUCCAACUCUACUGUAGGUUUUCCUUAGGUGAAUUAGUGAAUCUACCAAAUCUCCGCUUCAGUUCCCCCAUGCCCCUCUCCAGUCUGCAGACCAAUUUAAUCAGGUUGUUGUGAUGCAAGGGUGCAAGUAAGGCACUUACCACACUUGAAAGUGCUACAUAAAUGCUAAUUAUUACUAUAACAUUUUGAAACUUAGCUAUGAAGUCAUGCAGCUUAGGUGCCUUUACAGUUAUUUGUUUUCUUUUUUUUUAAUGUUGGGUGAAAUAUUGUAGUUUUGUAGUUUGCUGCUAUCCUCCUAACUUGAAGAGGAUCAGCUUCAAAUCAGUUAUAAAUCUGAAGGUAGGCACACAUGACAACUGUCUGUUUUUCUUUUUAGGGUUCAUGUAAUCACAGGAGUUACUUUGUUGUAUGUAUCUUUUCAGAACACAACAGGAUUUCAGAAUGAAUCAGAACUCAACGGAGCCUUCAGUAUCAGUUGAGACUUUGGCUGACGUACCUGAGCACGUGCUUAAAGGACUUCCUGAGGAAGUGAGACUUCUCCCAUCUGCUGUUGACAAGACACGGCUUGGUGUCUGGGCAACAAAGCCAAUUUUCAGAGGCAGAAAGUUUGGUCCAUUUGCUGGUGACAAGAAGAAACGAUCUCAGGUUAAAAGCAAUGUGUACAUGUGGGAGGUCUAUUACCCAAACUUGGGAUGGAUGUGUGUUGAUGCCACAGAUCCAGAGAAGGGGAACUGGCUGCGCUAUGUGAACUGGGCUCGCUCAGGAAAGGAGCAGAACCUAUUCCCUUUGGAGAUCAACAGAACCAUCUACUACAAAACUUUAAAGCCAAUUGAGCCAGGCGAGGAGCUCCUGGUGUGGUACAAUGGGGAAGACAACCCAGAGAUAGCAGCUGCUAUCGAAGAGGAGAGAGCCAGCAAUCGCAGCAAGAGGAACUCUCCGAAAACCAAGAAAGGGAAGAAAAAAUCCCAGGAGGCUAAAAACAAAGGAAAGAACGCAGCCGAUAAAAAGCAGAAAACUGUUUUGGAUUCAACUUCUGCCGACAUGAGGGAGCCUAAGGAAGGCCAUAAACAGGAGGAUGAAACUCCCUCUGUUUCAGCAGUGCUGUCCCUGGAGCAGACAGCUGUGAUCCAGGAGAUGGUAAAUCAAGACACACUUCCAAACUUGGUUAUCCCCAGUCCGGUCAGUGGGCCCCAUCCGGUGCCUGAAGACAAACCGGAAGCAGUAACGUGUGGCUCGAAUGUUUUAGAGGAGGAGCCAGAAGAGGAUGGGGAGGACCCUGAGGAGGAUACAGGGGGGGAGGAAGAAGAGGAGGACGACGAGGACGAAGAGGAUGAACCUGAGGAGGAAGAGGAAGAUGUCAGCUUCCCUAAAGGAAGUCCUGACAUGGAAGCCAUGCCCAUAUGUGAAGACAAGCUGGAAUCUGUGGAAGAGCAGAGCAGCAUAUCUGAAGACUCGCCAGAAAGCUCCCCCAAGAAAAAGGCUGUGGCGAAAUUCCCCAAAGCGAGAGACGAAUCUAAUGGGAAUAUCCACGGUACGUUCAUGUUUCCAUGUCAACAUUGUGAAAGGAAAUUUACCACAAAGCAGGGUCUCGAACGCCAUAUGCAUAUCCAUAUCUCGGCAAUCAGUCACGCUUUCAAAUGCCGCUAUUGCGGCAAAGCUUUCGGCACCCAGAUUAACCGGCGGAGGCAUGAACGGCGCCAUGAGGCCGGACCGAAAAGGAAGCCCUUCCCAGCGCUGUCGGAAGGCAACGCUAAGAACCAAACAAUUCCUGAAGAUAAUAUUAAAGAUGAAACCAACAGCAGGCAGGACUUAGUAGCUGUGGAAACUGAGAAAGUUUCUCUCGAAAUGCCAAAUCCUGUUCUCUUUGAAGAGAGCAAGGGACCCAAAGAGCUGCACCCGUGCAAAUAUUGCAGGAAGGUUUUUGGCACCCAUACCAAUAUGCGAAGGCACCAGCGAAGGGUCCAUGAGCGCCAUCUCAUCCCCAAAGGUGUCAGGAGAAAACCCGAGGAGCCCCAGUUUCCAGCAGAGAAAACCCAGCAGUCCUCAAAUGUGUACGUAGCAAGCACAGACCUCGAAGAGGAGGGAGAGGCAGAUGAUGUGUACAUUAUGGAUGUUUCCAGCAAUAUAUCUGAAAAUCUCAAUUAUUACAUUGAUGGUAAGAUUCAGUCCAACAGUAGCACGAGCAAUUGUGAAGUGAUAGAGGUGGAAUCCAGCUCGACAGAACUCUAUGGAGUAAACUGUUUACUGAGUCCAGUGACUGUGGAAAUACCCCCAAGUGUAAAGGCUACAUCAGUGCACCUAAACGACAUACCAAAAGAGUCACCAGUCAGUGGAAGCGCCGAACCCAAAAAGAGGAGGACCGCAAGUCCUCCUCUUCUGCCUAAGAUAAAAACUGAAGUGGAUCCGGAACCCAUCACAUCAUUGUGUUCUUUGACUAUUCCUCUUACUAUAUCAGCAGCCGAUAACUUGCCUUUCCCCAAAGAGAAAAGUAUUUAUUUAUCAUCAAAGCUGAAACAGCUUCUCCAGACACAGGAUGGGAGUACGGUAGCGCCAUCUCCCCCAUCGUCGUCGUCGUCCUCAACCGAAAUCCCCAAACUGGGACUCACAGCUACAUCUUCGCCUCUUCUGCCCGCCGCCUCCAGCAGGUUCAAACGAAGGACCAGUUCCCCUCCCAGUUCACCGCAACACAGUCCAGCUCUACGAGACUUUGGCAAAGCAGGUGAGGGGAAACCUGUUUGGAAUGAUGCGACUCUGGGCUCAAAGAUUGCCAAGCUAGAGAGUCAUAGCAAUUCUCCUGUAUGGAGUUUGUCUGGGAGAGAAGAAAAAGAGGCAAUGAGCCCUCUUUGCUUGGAAGAGUAUAAAGUAUCGAAGGACUGGACGCCAAGUCCUCCUUUCGGCAAUGUGUGCAACCAGCAGCCUUUGGACUUAUCCAGUAGCAUGAAGCAAAGGUCCAACUGCAAGAACAGGACUCAGGCCCCCUGGGAAUCAGUGUUGGAUCUCAGUGUCCAUAAAAAGGCAUGCAGUGACACUGAAGCCAAGGAGAGUAACUCGGCGCCACCAGCAUGUAGUGGUGUCAAGAAGAAGCCAACCACAUCCAUGCUGCAGAAAGUGCUUCUGAAUGAAUAUAACGGGACUGAUUCAUCUUCUGAAAACCCUGCAGCUGAAACGAACCCAAGCCAGGGUGCUUGCAAAACAGAAGAGCAUCCAGAGCCAGAGUCCAGGGCUAGCCUCCCUGUUCCAGAGGUCGAGUCAGGUUCCCUGUGCUCUUCUCCUGAGAUACCUUUACUGCCAUCAUCUACUGCAUCUUCAAGUCAGGUGCCGCCUCUCCUGACUCCAACAAACUCUCCUUCCCCUCCACCUUGCCCGCCUAUGUUAAAGGUUCCCACUCCUCCACCACCUCUCCUGCCUACUGUUCCCUCUCCGCUCCCAGAGGAGCCCACAAGCAUCACUCCAAGUUCAUGUCCUUCUCCCUUAUCAAAUACCACUGCUCAGUCCCCUCUUCCAAUCCUUUCCCCUACGGUCUCAACGUCUCCUGUUCCUUCAGUAGGACCUCUUAGUUGUCCUUCCCCUGGACCUCCCAACCUCUCUUCCUCCUCCUCGUCCUUUUCUUCCUCCUCUUCUUCGCCAUUGUCAUCCUCAUCUCCUUCUCCACCUCCACUCUCGGUAGUCUCUUCUGUCCUUUCCCCUGGUGAUAACCUGGAAAACUCAGUCCCUAUUAUCUCUUUUAAGCAGGAAGAGGUAGAGAGUGAGUGUGAAAAGCCAAGGGAAGACCCACACAGUUCCAGCGAAGCUAAUACCAUCCAGGAGACAUUUAAUAAGAGCUUUGUGUGCAAUGUCUGUGAGUCCCCUUUUCUUUCCAUUAAAGAUCUCACCAAACAUUCAUCUGUUCAUGCUGAAGAAUGGCCCUUCAAAUGUGAGUUCUGUGUCCAACUCUUCCGAGAGAAAACAGAUUUGUCAGAACACCGCUUCUUGCUCCAUGGCGUUGAGAACAUCUUUGUGUGCUCCGUCUGCAAGAAAGAAUUUGCUUUUCUAUGCAAUUUGCAGCAGCACCAGCGGGACCUCCACCCGGACAAAGAGUGCACACACCACGAGUUUGAAAGCGGGACUCUCCGGCCGCAGAACUUCACAGAUCCCAGUAAGGCUAAGACCGAACACAUGCAGCUCCUGCCUGAAGACUCCUCAGAACCUGCUAAGGAGGAAGAAGAGGAAGAGCUGAAUGACUCCUCGGAAGAGCUUUAUACAACUAUCAAAAUAAUGGCUUCUGGGGUCAAGUCAAAAGAUCCAGAUGUCCGCAUGGGCCUCAAUCAGCACUACCCAAGUUUUAAGCCCCCUCCAUUCCAGUAUCACCACCGCAAUCCUAACGGGAUUGGAACCACUGCCACAAAUUUCACAACCCACAAUAUCCCACAGACCUUCACCACUGCCAUUCGCUGCACAAAGUGUGGGAAAAGUGUAGACAACAUGCCUGAAUUGCACAAGCAUAUCUUGGCUUGCGCUUCUGCCAGCGACAAAAAACGGUAUACACCGAAGAAGAACCCCGUGCCGUUAAAACAGACCGUUCGCCCUAAGAAUGGUGUCAUCCUCCCCAGCCCCACGAGCAACGCGUUCAGGCGUGUGGGCCAGCCUAAGAAGCUCAACUUUAGCGUCGAGGUGGGCCGGAUGUCUUCUAACAAGCUCAAAAUCAGUGCAUUAAAGAAGAAAAACCAGCUUGUCCAGAAAGCCAUUUUGCAAAAGAAGAAAUCUCAGCAGAAGGCAGAGUUGAGGAACAGCACAGCGGAGCCCAGCGCUCACAUCUGCCCUUAUUGCAACCGGGAAUUCACCUACAUUGGGAGUCUGAACAAGCAUGCUUCCUACAGCUGUCCCAAAAAGCCUAUUUCCCCUUCCUCUAAGAAGAACUCUAAAAAGAAAAGCGGGGCAUCCUCUUCCAGUGGUGAUAAAGCUAGCAAUCGGCGGCGGACAGCAGACGCCGAGAUAAAAAUGCAAAGCACGCAGGCUCACCUAGGCAAGACGCGAGCCCGGAGCUCCGGGCCCCUGCCACUGCCGCUGCCAUCUGCAUCCUUCAAACUGAAACAAAACAUCAAAUUUGUGCUGCCCGGUAGAUCCAAAAAGCCGAGCAGCUUGUCGGCAGCAAGGAACGCCAGCCCCAUAAGAAUGGCCAAGAUGAUUCCAGGAGAGGGCAAGAAAGUGAAAGGGGUGGCCAAGAGCAGCCCUCCCGGGCUCUCGAGCAAAGCAUCCCGCAAGUUGCAUGUCAGGAUACAGAGGAGCAAAGUGGCCUUGGCUAGCAAGUCAGCUGUGGCAAACAAGAAAAAGGCGGACAGAUUCAGCAUGAAGUCGAGAGAAAGGGUUGGCGGCCCCGUCACCCGGAGUGUGCAGCAGGCAAGCAGCUCCGAUGCCCCAGAGAGCAGCAAGAGGGAAGAAACCAGCACACGGCAAGAGCUGAAAGAUUUCAGGAACCUCCUGUGACACAACGAAAAAGACAACCACAAAGAAUCUCUGAAUUGUAAAUGAAAUUUCCUUAUCGAAGAGCUUGAGCGGUUGCAUGCUCAUCUUAAGAGAGGGGUGACUGUGGAGGCCCCAAUUCUCCAAGCUUGAAAGGUCCAAUUUGAGACAACUUUGACCCCCCAAAGGGCAGACGAUUGGCUUGCCAGCGUGUUCACACAGGGGUUGAGAAUCGGUAUGCACCAACCAGGCUCAAGGAAUUAUCAGCUGCGAGGAAAGCAGUAGGGUGCGUGGUUCUUCCUUGUCCCCCCCGCUUUGGUUUCAUUUCAAAACGGACAUGGAUCGAACUGAACUGGAGUCAGUCCUGCCACAGAGUCCAUAGCUCAUGCUUCUACUUCGCUUUUUAUCCGAUGGGAAAGCAUGGAAAAAUAGAGGUUGAUAAUAAGAGAUGGUGCCGCCAAACUUAUGCAAAGCCAGGUCCUCACCAGAAGCUCCCCAUAUAUUCAGGGAUGACAAAACGUUAACUGCACUCAAAAUCCUUUUUGCUUGCACGUCGAGUAUCUCAAAGCCUUUGUUUUAUAUCAGCCAGUAUGAAAAAAACUUAAUGGGGAGAAGGGAGACGCCUUUCCCCUCCUUCUCGGCACCUGCACUCACUUCCCAAGACACUUCUUUUGUUUCUGAAUGGGUGGGCACGGGUUUGGACAUUGAUGUUGCUUUCACCAGACUUCUUGAUACAUGGGAAGAGGAAAGGCGAGGUAUCUCUAGAAGGAGCGGGAGGAAGGUUUGCCUGUCAAGCCCUACUGGCAUCCAUACCUGAAAUCUCGUCCAACAUGGAAGUCACCCAGUUUUAUCGUGAAUGACUUGUUCGCCAUACAAAACUGUAUAGCACAACUAAAUACACAAUUGGCUGACUUAUCUGUAUCUAAUAACAAGAGCUACAAAUUUUUCCUAGUUGUAAAUCAAGAUUAUUAUUAUUAAUUUCCUGGAAAUAUAGUUUUGUUUUGUUUUUGGUUUUUCCACAACCCGGGGGGGGGGGGAGCAGUUAGCUUUGUUUGUGCACCCCGUUUGUUUGUUUUUUUAAAAAAAAAUCUCAUUUGUUCUUGACUUCAAAAGUAAUCUACCUCUUAAAAUUUGUAGUUUUAAUAUUGUUUGGUGAAGUUGUGCCACUUUAACGCUUUCUCUUUCACUAUCAUUCCCUUUUUUUGUUACAUUUUUCCCCAUUUAAUGGGGACUUCUGCAUCAAACUAUUGUAUAAAGAAUUUGUAGCAAGUUUGGAAAAAAAUAAAAUAUUUAAAAUUAUUUAAAUUCUUUUUGGACACUUCAGCUGUAUUAUAUGUGAUUUAUAUUUUACAUUAAUUUUGUUGCAGAGGGAGGAAAGGGUGUUGUUAAUCUGGAGACUGUUCCUGUAUUAAAGUUUGCUGCUCUGUAGUGUUUCCCCCCCCCUUUUUUUUUGAAGAGAGAUAUAAAGACUAUUCUAAUGAAAACAUUAAAAUUUCCAAUUUGCCAUACAAGAAAAGGGAGGUUGUCAUUGCUUUUAAACAUGGCAUCUUUGGAGAUAUUUAAAAUACAGAAGAUAGGCAAAGUGUGUGUGUUGAGAGAGAUAAAGAACUUGCCAAAUGAAAUUGAGAUCUGUUGCUGUAGCUAUUCCAUAUGUUGUUGGAGUAUGCUUUCUUACUAACCCUUCACCAUAAGGUCCCAGCAUGGGUUACAAUGAUAUAGUUUGUAUGAAUUUGCAAACUCCUGAACAAUUUAGUUCCAGCGUACCUUAUUGACUGCCUCAACCCUUCUAUCCCAAGUUGAUCAGUGAGAUCAUCUGCAGAAGUGCUUCUGCCUGUUCCCCGAGUUGGUGAGGCUCAUUUGACAACAAGAAACCAAGCUUUUAGUAUCAUUGGCCCCGUAUUGUGGAAUACUCUGCUCUGGCAGCAGAGAUUCAUUGAACACUUUCUAUUUCAACUUUCAGACGUCUGCUGAAAACUCAUCUGUUCCAUUAAGCUUAUAUGCAGGCUUAUAUGCAGGCAAUUAUAUGCAGGCGGUGAAGGUCCUGUGUGAGUGCUUGGAGGCGGUUGGAGGAUGGAUGGCGGCUAACAGAUUGAGAUUGAAUCCUGACAAGACAGAAGUACUGUUUGUGGGGGACAGGAGGCGGGCGGGUGUGGAGGACUCCCUGGUCCUGAAUGGGGUAACUGUGCCCCUGAAAGACCAGGUGCGCAGCCUGGGAGUCAUUUUAGACUCACAGCUGUCCAUGGAGGCACAGGUCAACUCCGUGUCCAGGGCAGCUGUUUAUCAGCUCCAUCUGGUACGCAGGCUGAGUCCCUACCUGCCCACUGACUGUCUCUCCAGAGUGGUGCAUGCUCUAGUUAUCUCUCGCUUGGACUACUGCAAUGCGCUCUACGUGGGGCUACCUUUGAAGGUGACCCGGAAACUACAACUAAUCCAGAAUGCGGCAGCUAGACUGGUGACUGGGAGCGGCCGCCGAGAUCACAUAACACCGGUCCUAAAA